GGCGCGGGGGAGGCGCUGCCGCCGCCGCCGCCGGGCGCUCUCCGGCCGCCCCGCUCCGCUCCGCCGCCGAGCCCCGGGGAAGGGGUGGGAGCGGUGCGAGGGGGUGUGGGCACGGCGCGGGCGAGAGGAGGCAGAUGCUUGCCUAGGGACGGCCCCUCCGGAGGGGCUCGGCCCUGGGCAGCGCCUCCCGGGCGGCGGCUGAAGCGCUGCGGGGUGUCGGGGAGGCGGCUGAAGCGCCAUGCGCCCCUCCGAGGAGUGAGGGACCCAGGUGACCGGAGAGGGACCGAGGUGACCGGAGAAGGACCGAGGUGACCGGAGGAGAAGGACCGAGGUGACGAGAGCGCUGCCACCAAGGGUCAGCUACAACGUGUCUCUCCAGGAAGACUCCACAAUGAAAAAAACAACCCACGGUUGCUUCUUACUGAUUAUCCUUCUUAUUAGAAUGGUUCCAAGUCUUACUGCUACUGUAAAUUAUACUGAUCCUACAUUAGAGCCUGUAGUAACUGAAAAUUCAGUCAUACGACAGAAGAUAAUAGAUUCACAGUUCAAAUGCUAUGAGAGGAUGAACAGAGCGCCUCCAUAUAGGAAAAAAGGUCUGUUCUGCAACCGAACCUGGGAUGGUUGGCUGUGCUGGGACGACACACCUGCUGGCAGAAUCACUGCUCAGAACUGUCCAGAUUACUUUCCAGACUUUGACCCAACUGAAAGAGCUUCAAAAUAUUGUGAUGAAACUGGAAACUGGUUCCGCCAUCCUGAGAGCAACCGCACUUGGUCCAACUACACCCUGUGCAACUCUUUCACCUCUGAGAAAUUGAAGAUGGCGUUCAUACUUUAUUAUAUGGCGAUCGUUGGCCAUGCUUUGUCUAUAACAUCCCUGUUGAUUUCCCUGGCAAUUUUCUUCUAUUUCAAGAGCCUCAGCUGUCAAAGGAUAACGCUGCAUAAGAAUUUGUUUUUUUCUUACGUGCUGAACUCCGUGUUUACAAUUGCCCACCUCAUCGCUGUUGUUCCUAACCCAGGCCUUGUAAAGAGGGAUCCAGUAAGCUGCAAAGUGCUGCAAUUCUUCCACCAGUACAUGCUAGGCUGUAACUACUUCUGGAUGCUCUGCGAAGGGAUUUACCUUCACACGUUAAUUGUGGUGGCAGUGUUUGCUGAGGAGCAGCGUUUGCACUGGUAUUACCUCUUGGGCUGGGGGUUCCCUUUAGUGCCAGCAUCUAUUCAUGCAGUUGCAAGAGCCAAAUACUUCAAUGACAACUGCUGGAUGAGUGUUGACACUUACUUGCUUUAUAUUGUUCAUGGACCUGUAAUGGCAGCUUUACUGGUCAAUUUUUUCUUUUUGCUUAACAUUGUCCGAGUUUUGGUGACAAAGCUAAGAGAUACCCACCGUGCUGAGUCCAACAUGUAUAUGAAAGCUGUCAGAGCCACACUAAUCCUGGUGCCCUUACUAGGAAUUCAAUUUGUUAUUAUUCCCUGGAGACCAGAAAACCGGCUUGCUGGAGAAAUAUAUGAUUACAUCAUGCAUAUAUUAAUGCAUUACCAGGGCUUACUUGUGGCGACUAUAUUCUGCUUCUUCAAUGGUGAGGUUCAAGGAGCUUUGAAAAGGCAAUGGACGCAGUACAAAACCCAGUGGGGCCAAAGGCGCCGAGAACACUGUUCCACCCGAUCUACCUCUUACACUGCAACGUCAAUCACAGAGGUCCCCGUGUACCUGUACCAUCAUGACUCCAACAAUGAACAGCUAAAUGGAAGAUACAUAGAUGACUCUGAACUUGUUGCAUUGAAAUCCGGAGAGACGUCUGCCUAGCUCAGCAGCAGCCACUGCAAACACACCAUUUCACGUCCUGCUUGUGAACAAAGAGAGGGAAAGGGUGGGAGCGCAGAAGCCCAAGCCACUGGGGGAGAACGCAAGACCAGGUGAAUGGACACGUCAUAUCCAAACCACAUUGGCCUCUGACAGCGAUGGCCUAGAGAGAGUCUGACGCAGAGGUGGGAAUGGCAUUUAUUCCUAUUGAGCAUGGACUUGCCCACCAGGCUACAUAAUUCCCACACCUCCUGACACUGGCCAUAUGAAGUGACAAUUUGGCAGAAGCAAUGGUGCCAGGGAGCCCACUGCAAAUAGGAAAGAACCAGCAUGUAGCAAUGGGAAACUUUCAGCACUUUUUGCUUUCAAUACUUUUCUUUAACACAAUAUCUUAAAUACCAACUUUCACAUGAUGUGACUGGCUUGGAGUCCUUUACUUUUCCCCUUUUAAGGAACUUGGUGACUUCUUAAAAGAUUUUGCACAUUGCGAGACAAAUCAAAAAGAUGAACAGAAAAAGAGUAAUUACAAAGUAUUCAAACAUUGAUGAUCUUCAAUGGAUACCCCAAAAUAUAUCCGUCCCAUUAGCAGGUGCAUAAAACAAGGGAAGGUAAAACAGUAGUUGUAUAACAAGAUCUCAGACAACCUCAGAGGAACCAACCAGGUCUUUAGGCUGUCUCACACUCCUCCUGAAGGCAUCUGAAAAUAAUUGCUGUUUAACAAUACUGGUAAUUCAAGAGUAUAUAUUUAUAGGAAAAAAAUGUCACCCUAUUACUCUACCCAGAAACUCAUCAUUAAGGCACAAUUCUUUCAUUUUGAAUAAACUGUGAAAUUUGUUUGGAAAUAAUGAUUUUCUUUAAUAGCCACUCUGAGAUGAAUGCUAAAUGAAUGCUUACUUCUCUGAUAAAAUUAUGAUCAUGGCAGUAAGGGGCACCAGGUAAGAAAUGAGAAACUAAUGUCAUAGCACAGGAAACAUCUAUUUUUAGAAUGUUUGCUGUUCUGAGUCCUUCACUGUUGAAGGUGACAAUUUCAUGUGUGAGUCUGUCACCAGGAAAACAAGAUGAACAUACAGUUUUGUGAGUAAUAAGCACCUUCUAUCACACAUUCAAAGCAUCAUUAGAGUCUCUAUGUGAUUACUGAGACAGAAAUCAGGUCAGGGAGAAGCUGAUUUGCAAUUGGAAGUUACAGUACUGUCACUGCAAAAGUUCUGUAACCCACAGAAGAAAUAAAAUAGGUGAAUUUCCCACAUAAAGUGAAACAAAAAUAAUCUGCAAGCAGCAAAAACAGUGCCAAGGAAGUUUUGCAAGUAUAUGAAUGCUCUGAAAUUUUGUGCAUAAAAUGUUUCAUGAAUAUAAUGCCAUUCCUUCCUGCAUCUUUGAAAUACUGUCCUGCAGAUAUCUUUCUCCCCACACCUUUGCCUUUUGUUUAGAUGUGCAUGGGAUAUUUCAAAUGCUAACAUCUUCAGGGUACUAAUCAGAGUCUUUAGCUUCAAUGAAGUUGUGAAGUUAUCAGUCCUCCUUUGUUUUCCCUGCUAAUACACUUGCAUAUGAUGCUUCAAACCCAGCCUGCUCAGGAAGACAUGGUCAGAGGAGGAGGCUGCUAAAAGCGCCAGUGGUGGUACUUGCUCAAAUGUCUAAAUGCCAUCCCUGACAUGGGAGCUGUAAAAAUGCUGCCGUAAGUGGCAGAUGAAUAGGAAAAGCUGGGAUAGCAUCUUUUAAACUGCAGCUGUAUUCAUGUGGGACUUCUUUCACUGGUGUAAAAUUUCUUUCUUUCCUUCACUUGCUUUCUGUAAUUCCAUCCAUAAUGAUUUUUUCUCCUUAGUACUGCAUAAGGUACUUAAAAUAUUAUGGGUUAGAAUAGUUUUUAAUCCAGAUCUUGUCAGAUAGUAAAGGAGAAAAGAAAAAACUGCAAUAAAGUGCUUGAACUAAAUGUCAAUUCAUUUGUAAUUUUAGAGGUCACAAAGUCCCUAAACCUUCAGGUCAUGCUGUGCCAAGGAAGGGCUGCAGGACAGUCUGCAUGCCACAAAGUGCAUUCUAGAGAGUCCCAUGGGAAGAGGUCAGAGGUAAAUCCUGACAUGAACCUUCAUAAUCUAAUUCAGAUUCUAUUGAGAUUAACAGGAAAAUCCCUGCUGAUUUAGAUGAGUGGUGAACAACUCUAUUUAUCAUUUAGAUAUGACUUACAUAAUACAGUUUGGCAUAGACAUCAACAAACAGAGAAAUUCAUUUCUAGUGAUUUGGAACCAUUUUUAAAUAGUAUUCAGCUGGGCUGUUUUCCUUUCACUGACACAGCUAGACUAUGACAAUAAACUUUACUAUUCAUUGAAAAUUUCAAGUGGAGAUAUGCUGAACAUGUCUACCUACAUGAGACACCAUCUCGCUGGAACAGUCCCUACCAGGAAUGAGUAAAUGAGGGGUAUGUGCAAUUCCAGUGCUACGAGACAGGACCAAAUCCUCAUCACACAGGCAUGAGGCAAUGCCUUGCAGGAGAGGGGUGUGCUCCAUUUGUGCAACAGGCACACACGCAGCCAUUGCACACCACCAAAGCUUCCUCCCCAGUGAGCAGUGAGGAGCUGCUGAUGUUGCCACCACAGAACAAGAGAGGAAUAGGGGAACAAGAAGUAACUGUCCACCAACACUGCAAUUCAUUGCUUUGUUUAUCUCAUGGAAUAUCUACAGGAAAAUGCAAACCCGUGUAUUCAUUCAGUUUUUCUUCAGAGUUCAAGGAAUGCAAAGGAAGUUAUUUUUUUAACAGUAUUCUGCAUAUUGAUAUUUCUGCAUUUACCAGUGAACAAUGGGAAGUAGGGGAUUAAAAAGGCAAGGUGUCUCUGUAUGAAUUCUGUAUUUCUAAAUAAUUUUGAGGCACACUGUGCUUCCCAGGAGAGCUCCAGAAAGUACUCUUUGUUUCUAAAGACACAGAUGAGCUGAUUGUAAAAGAAGUGUGCAUAACAGAGAGUUUAAUGAUGAUCAUGCACACUUAAGUACAAGUUGUUUUACAGCCUGUUAUGUUCAUGUGGAUGUACAAAAUUGAAAUGCUUUACCAUUAUACUGAUUGUUUUCUUCAUUCACUAGUCUUUUUUUUUUCCUCAUUCUGUUCAGUACAGUGCUCUGAAAUGCCAAAUUUGGAAUCUUGGUUUUGGGAUAUUGGUUUGGGGAUCUCGUUUUUAGCUUCAGGUGUUGGAAAUGCUACAUAGUUGUGUCAGUCUUUUUGGCAGCUUUGGUUUCAGUGGUGUGGCAAUGACUCGCAGCCACUGAAAAUUUGGUGUAAAAUGCAUACUGAGUUUAGUGUUGCCAUCGCCCCAGAGUCUGCAGGAAAGGCUUUGUUUUAAAGAUACUUACUCAAUAAUUUCUAAUCCAACAUCUUUUUCCAAUGGGAAAUGCUACCUUUCUUCAUCUAAGAAUGGCUUGAAAUGUUGUCAUUGUGCAUAUAAGGUGAAUUUCACUUCUGUGCUUUAUAAAUAGCAUCAUACACCAGUGACAAUAAUAUUGGGAAUGCUGGUUUGACCUUAAUAAUUACAUUGUCAUGGCAGUAAGGAGCUCUAUCUUUAACACAUUUCACAGGAAUGGCAUAAAUGCAUAGUUAAUGUAUCAGUGUAUCAAAAAGAAGGAAAGGAUCCAAUGCUUGGAUCAGUGGAUUCAAGGUAUAUUUUCAUAGGAAACCAGCCUUAUGUUAAGUAACACUGCAGUAUUUCCUCUCAAACACCAGACCCAGUGCAUGAAAACUCAGUUUAGUGAACAGUUGCUCUGGCAGAAAGCUUCAUGCAGUUGCUGUGUUUGAACAACUGAAUCUAUGAGGGAUUCUGGAUGGUAUCCUUUAUUAGGUACAGAAACAGCACAAAGGAAAGACUUAAUUUGGCAUGGGAUGCUGAAAGAAAACCUUUUUUUAUUAUUUGAUUUACUUAAUAAAUAAGUUUUAGCUGAAAUAAUAGAGCAACAAAGGUAGAAAAGACAACUUUCUCUAUAUUAAAAUUCUUAGUAAUAAUGCAACCUUAAUUAAAAGUCUGCCAGUAUUUCCAUGACAAAGUGCUCAUGUGUUUAUAACACAGCAACAUAGCGUUGUUUUGGGAUGAAACCAACCACACAAAUGGGGUGAAUUUCUAUCCUGUUUUUAUGAAUCCAGCUCCAUCCUUUGCCAACCUUAAUAAACAAAAUCUGAGAUAUUUUUCAAGAUGCGAAUUCUAAACACUAUGUGGAGGGAUCUGCAUUUCCAGGGCUUUGAAUUUAAAAGUCAGAUGCAUCUUUUUGAAGCUACAUAUGUAUAGCUAUUUGAUUACUGCUCAAAAAUAUAAGCAGUUUGUAACCUAAAACUCAUUUGCAUUGAAACAGCAGUUGAUCCCAUGCCAACAAGACUCUACUCAGGGUGUGAGCAUACCCACUCUGCCCUCUGGCAGCAAGGAGACAUGCAUGGAAGCCACAUGCUCUUUGGACUCAGUCUAAGCCAAAUGAAGAAAAAAAAAAGGGGGGGGGGGGGGGGGAGAGAUUUUUGCAACUCACAGUAAUGGCAAACUGGGAAUUUUAUGUUCCUGGGGCAGCUGGGUUUCUGCCAUUUUGUGUGUUCCAGGAGCACCCGCUUCAGAGGGACUGAGGAAUGGCCUUCAGAAGGACUUGGCAAAAGGCAGGCAUGAAUCCUCCACUGCAAAUGUUGUUGGGCAGCAGUGAGGGAAUGUCAGACCUCCAGCUCACAGCACAGCCUUGGGAGGAAGCGCAUGAUUAAUUCCUUAGUCAACGAGUGAAAUCUAAGUGCCUGGCCCACUCUGUGACAUAGGAAGGUGCCAGAGUUAUGCUGCUUUGACAACUCCCAUUCUUUGGCAUCUGUGGCAAUUAUGGCACUUGUAAGGUUUAAAUUAUUGUUUUUGUGAGCUGUGUAUCGUUCUGUGCAGUAUUUUGCAGAUACUUCCAGAUGAUUCACAAAUCUAUAUUUAAGCACCCCUUUAUUGAGCACUCAGAGAAUCACUGAGGAAAAAAAAAAAAGUAUUUCUCAGAGUCUCCAACAUAGACCACUAUGUUCCUCUUAGUUCCAUUCCUCUCUGGACAGCUCUUUUAUCCAGUAAAAUUAAGUGGUGAGGAGGUUGUCAUUACUGAGCAUGUCACACCGAUGCAGAAAAAGAAAGCAUCACAGCAAGAUGACUAACUGGGGUAUUGGAUAUGACUGUCGUGAAGCAUAGAUAGGCACAGAUAGUGUUAGGGAUGAUUUAGGCCUCGAUCAUCCUGCUUUGGCAGAGGGAUGACCUGCCAAUAUCCUGUCAAGAUGUAUUUUCCAUGAUUUCAUUACAGCAGAGGUGGGCACUGUGCUCUUGUUGGGGCAGGAAGGUGCUUAACUCUCCUUUUAUGCUGAGAUUUUCUUCCCAAUCCAGUUUUAAGAUCUCACAAACCUAUCUUUAAAAGAAAAAAAAACAAUAUUGAGUCUAAAGGGUAUCAGAUCUCUACACUGACUUUAAGAAUCCUAUUUCUUUCCUGUCAUUGCAAGUAAAAGCAACUUUGAGAAGUGACUGCUGGAGGUUACUUUGUGUGAUGGGCAGCAGUGUGACUAGAUGCAACCCCUCCUUUUCCAAGUGCUGAUCUUAGUUUGCAUAAAUGUGUUCCCUCAUCUGCAUUUCUCUCCAUCAGUACAAGAAGUGUUAACUCUCCAAUCUGUGCAUCCUACAAAUUUUCAGGAGGAACAUUUUGCCUGUAAUGUUUGCACUUUAUGUUGACUUGCUGUUGAUCCAGACUGACAGACUGGAAAGUGUGCAUUGUAAUCCAAACCAAGUCAUAGCUUUCAGGUGCUUGUCCAAUAUUGUUUGCUUGUUUGUUUAAUUAAAAAAAAAAAAAAAAAAAAAAAAAGUGAAAUUAUAGAAAUUGAAAGUGCAGAUUUAAAACUAAAUUAGGGCUAAAAUUCUGAACACAUAGAUCAAGUAUCUUUAGAACCACAAUAAAAUCAACUUUAUCUUUUUAACAGAAUGUAAUCACAUAACCUGAAAAAGCAACAUAUAACAGCUCUUGAGAUGCUGAACAUUAGAAAAAAAGGCGCAAUAAAAAAGCAAACAUCUGGAAAUUAUAGGCAGCAUACAUACAUAUAUAUUAUAUAUAUGGGUAUAUGUGAUAUAUGAAUAUAUGGAUGUAUAUAAGAACCUCUGUUCAUGUAGAAUAUGACCCCUUAGUGGCCCCAGAAUGCAAGAACCAUACGUGAUGAAUGGCAGACACUGUGGGGCCCAGAAGGUACAUUGCCACCAAGUACCUUCAUGCUUUCCAGGGACCAUGUACUGAGCACAGGCAACUGGGGUGAGCCAUCUGCCCGCUCCAGCACCAGGCUGGUUGAUGAUGGGGAUGACUGGGCCAAGAAAUGCUGGCCACGCUUGUUAAAACAACACUGAGCUCAUGACAGGGGCUAGUCAGGAGACAAGCAGAAAUGAUCUCUUUCCCAGCCGUAUGUCUGCUGUCCAACAGGUAACCUCAUUAAUGUCACCAGCAUAUGACCCUUCUGUCGUGGAGAAGACUAACCUAAGAUCAGACACUUACCUGACACAGAAAACCUCUUAUUUCACUGUACCCUGUGUAACACAGAAGAAAUUCUCACCGACGUCAGCAGUGUAUCUCAGGACAGGCUUUCAUCGGUUUUGGUUUUAGAGGUUAAAUAUUUAGCAGACAUUGAAAACACAGAGAAAUACACUGUCACCUUCAUAUUUAACAUGAAAGAUCUUAAUCAUCACUAUUGUGCUACAUACAGACUUCUUAAUGUAACAAGACACUAAUUUUACAUUUCUGUGGUUUUCAGUAGUGAAAUACUUGAUCUCUAUGCCAUGUUUAUAUCCUACACAAGAAUUCAUAAGUUACAAGACUAUUAAUAUAUAUUUUUCAGUGUUGUAUUUAUAAAGAGACAACCAGUUGUUUUACAUUAAAGGUUUAGCAAACAACGGCUUAUGGACAAUCAAAAUAAAAAGAACAAAAAAGGCCUUCCCGUGUCCAUGCUGACCCCAUGGAAAACCCUGUGAGAGGCACUGGGCUGAUCACCAGGAUGUAGCACUGAUAGGAGGUCCUGACAUGUGGCUGGUGUGGAGGGAGAUGUACAGCUCUUCCCACAAUCCCACUGCAAGGGGAUGAACUUCUCCCAGCAUGUGUGUGAUUUUAAUAUGUAAGCCCUUUAUGAAUACCACCAUGAUUAACGUCCCUUCUGAGAAGGACCUGAGCAAGUUCUGUGCAGUUUGUCCAAUCUGUGAAAUACGACCUGUGAAGAAAGUGGCCAUAUCUCUGGGUUUAGAAGUUGCAUUGCCAGCGUAGGCUUCCACGGGGAAAAUAUGUUGUUUACAAAUAACAAAUUGUUGUUUACAAUAGCUAUAGGCUAUCUUCCUAUAAUGAAUUUUGCUUUAUGGUCAGAACCCACAUUCUGCUUCUUUUGGAUUGUGUGGGCAGAUCUAUUGAGUUCAGGCCCACAAUAAACAAAGAGAAAAUAGCUGAAGAAAAUAUUUUGCUUUUUGAAUUAUAUUGUACUACAAGGCUUUUUAUUAUUAUUUUAUUUUACAAGCUCUGUCAUUGUCUUUGGAUGUAUAGCAAGUAUUUAACUCCCAAGGACUUUGCCACCAUGCUCACAAUUGGCUCUCCAACAAGGAGGGAGGUGCCUCUGGCAGACUAGCUUUGAACGGGCAGCAAUUCAGAGCAUUCACAAGAAUUAUAGUACGAGUAUGUCCAGCACACACACACACAAGUAGGAAUGAUCCAAAGUGCGGCCUUCACUUUCAAAGGGAAGGAGUGCAAGGAUUUUUCAUUUUAUUCCUCUGAUGUACAUUUUUUCCCUGACAAAAGAUCCCUUGGAAAUCAGAGUUAGUAAGGAUGUGGAAGGAUAGCAGGUCCCUCCAGAUGUGCCAUCACAUACACAGCCACUACCACACACACGAUGAACUGUUUGUCAUGACUUGUCAGGUUUGGGAAGAUGCCAUAAAAGAAUCAGAGCAUUUUCCCCUCCUAGCUACAGGAGUUACGUGGUAACAAUUGCUCUUUCUAUAAGAAUAUUGUAAACCAAGGUCUCUGUUUCUCAUCCAUAAAGUCCAUUGGUACUAUAUUACACAAGUACUAAAAUUCUUCAGUGCAGGAAGGUGCAUCAGUUACUAACAAAGCACUUCAGCAGAAGAAAUGAAGGCACUCAGGACAAAGGAACAUUAUACAUAUAUUUUAUUCUUGGCACACACAAUCUUUGUAUAUCAGUAAUAGACCUUCAGAAGUCAAAACAUAUAAAAUAAAAUCUGGAUAUAUUUUAAAUGAUUCCCUGUGUAUAUGAAAAGCUUUCUGGAUUAUACUUUUUUUUUAUUUUUUUUAGCUAGAUAAAAUAUCACUGUGUGACAGGAAAGUUUUCUGCAAUCAAGAUUUAUUGGAUUAUGCUUGAAAUGCAUGGUUCAUGAAACUGAAGAGGCUUGAAAAUGUAGCAAGACUUUCUGUGUUGGCAAAUCUGAGGAAUGGUCUACUUAUGUCUGAUAUAAAUGAAAACUCAGCUCUAAUUGAAUUAUCCUUUUGUUUUUAUACGCACCAAGAAUUUUAUGUCUACUUUAACAUUUACUGCAUAAUGUGUUUUAUGUCUUACGAAUACACUGAUGAUUUUCUACACCACAAAAUGUGUAUUUCUGAUUAUAAACCAAAUGUUCUGCUGCGUCAUGUGCUGUACAUAAGCUGAACCUGGCUGUAAAUAUUUCUCCAUAUGUUGAAAACCUUCUUACAAAGAAAUACUGACUGAAGAUGUGAACAAAAUCUCGAACUUACUGAAAUCAACAGCAACAGCUUAUUUUGUUCUAUGGAAACCAGAAUUUCACUCUCUCCAGCUCAUGUUUGAUAAAAAAUGAUAAAUGAUUGAUAAAUGAUAAUGGCUACAGACAGGUCAGAGAAGAGUUUGAUGCUGCCUCCCACUUCACAUGCAUGGGGGCUGCUGGCAUUUUUUUCCUGCUCAGAGAGCAGCAUUGCAGGAAACAUCACAGAAGUUCAGCCUUGCUGUAACAACAUCUCCCAUCACAGCAGAUACAUGAGAACAGAGCCCUGGAGGGGUUUUGGGUGCCCUGCAAUGCCUGUUCUUCUCUAGUCCCAGGAUCAGUGGGUUCUGUCCUGAGCUGGGCACCAGUCCACUGCCAUCUAUCAUUUAUUUCAAGUGUUGCAUGAGAGUGUUUUACUUGCAAUUUCUUUGAUGUACAACUGAGCAUUCGCAAUAUUUUGGCUUUGUGAGAGGCUUAUAUUUUUUCAAUAAAAGAAAAGUCAGACUCAUUUUAAAA